AUGAUUGGAUGCAGACUAGGUAGUGAGAGUAGUGUAAGCUCCGAUAAAUCAAUCACUUCAGAAUCUUCCUUCUUCCCCUCAAGUGGUCUUCCUCCGGUCUUCUUCCCCGAAAAGUACCUGAAAGAACAAGUUGUCAAGGUUGACCUACUCACGGCCCGAUAUGGAGAUACAGUGGUGUCGAGGAAGAUCAUGGAGGCAAAAAAUCACCCGGAUACGAAGGCGUUAGCGGAUGAAUUGCAAGCAGAACUGUUCCUUGGCUGGCUGGCUUCGGAAUGA